AAAGAAACUUCCUGAAUUCCGUCUUUUGAAACAUGGUGGUUUCAUGUGCACGUUGACGAGAAUUUUGUUCUUUAGUCGUGUGUAAUAUCAAAGUAGAAAUUGUUAUUUUCUAAAAACUAAAUCAAGUGAAUAACCAUGAAGUUGAACGUGUCUUACCCAGCAACUGGGUGCCAAAAAUUGGUGGAGGUCGUGGAUGAACACAAGAUCCGUAUUUUCUACGAGAAACGCAUGGGCCAGGAGGUGGAAGCUGAUCUGCUUGGAGACGAAUGGAAAGGUUACGUUCUGAAGAUCUCAGGAGGAAACGACAAGCAAGGUUUUCCUAUGAAGCAGGGUGUUCUCACUAACGGCAGGGUACGUCUUUUACUUUCUAAAGGUCAUUCUUGCUAUAGACCCAGACGUACCGGCGAAAGAAAACGAAAAUCUGUCCGUGGGUGCAUAGUUGACGGUAACCUCAGCGUCUUGGCUUUAGUAGUUGUUCGUAAAGGUGAACAGGAAAUCCCUGGCCUAACGGACACCACCAUUCCCCGUCGCUUGGGACCCAAGAGAGCAUCUCGCAUCAGGAAAUUGUUUAACCUGAGUAAAGAGGAUGAUGUGCGCCAGUAUGUUGUCAAACGUCCUCUGGAACCUAAAGAAGGCAAGACCAAGGUCCGUACCAAGGCUCCAAAAAUCCAACGUUUGAUUACUCCAGUCGUUCUGCAAAGAAAACGUCACCGUUUGGCUCUCAAGAAGAAACGUUGUCUUAAACGCAAAGAACAAGAAGAUGCAUACGCCAAAUUGCUAGCUCAACGCAAGAAGGAAUCGAAGGCCCGUAGGGAAAUCGCCAAGAGGCGCAGGUCCAGUAUGAGAGAUAGUAAAUCCAGCACUCACAGUGGGCAGAAGUAGAUUCAAAUUUUUUAUUUUAUGUAAGACAAUGUGAGAAAUAAACGUUGUUGCUGAGC